AUGGAAGCAGCAGCAGCAGCAGCAGCAGCAGCAGCAGAGGGGUCUGCAGCGACGGCGCGGGCGCCGCGCCGCCGCGCCCUUCGCCCGCCGCUGAAGAGCCUGCUGCGCAGCGGGCGUCACUGGGAGGAGGACUUGAGCGUGUGGACAGCCAGCGACGUCAUCCUGAGGGAGGGAUACCCGCUGGAGCAGCACAGCGUGACCACAUCGGACGGCUAUGUGCUGCAGAUGCACCGCAUCCCGCGCCACGGUGGCAGAGACGUGGUCUUCUUCCAGCAUGGCGUGCUGGACACAAGCUUGGGUUGGGUGGCCAACGGCGUGGUCGGCUCCGCCGCCUUUGCCGCCUUUGACGCCGGCUUUGACGUCUGGCUGGGAAACUCACGCAGCAACGCGCCGCGCCUGCACAUGGAUGCCGAGAAGCAGGGGUCUCGUUAUUGGCGGUACAGGUGCCUGGUGGGACGGGAGGAGGCGGCUGUCAUGCCGCAACAGCAGGGGCAAGGGCAGGGGCAGGGUCCCAGCAGCAGCAGCAGCAACGCAGCGGGCGCGGCGGGGCAGGAUGUGCUGCCGUACCGCCUGCAGGCGGUGGGGCACAGCCUGGGCGCCGCCACCCUGCUCAUCUAUGCAGUGGGCAGCCGCAUGCGGGGGCAGCCCCACCGCCUGCGCCGCCUCAUCCUCAUGAGCCCCGCCGGCUUCCACCCCACCGGAGGGGCUGGCAGGGCAGGGCUCAGGCGAAGUUGCACUCGCAGGCACUGCUCGUGUGUGCUGCCCGCCGCCGGCGACCUCCCUUUGUUCCCUGACCCUGUCUUGCUGCCCACCACCGCUCCUGUCCGCCUCCCACAGGACCUGCGCCACAUGCCCGCGCUGCACGAUCUUGUCAAGGCGGGGAUGCGGAUGAUGAUGAGCGGCGACUCCAGCCAGUGGGAUGCGGCGCUGCAGAUGCCCCACUACUCCACCUACAGCAUGCCGGCGCUGAGCCUGCACUCUGGCGCGCACUUUGCGCAGUGGAGCAACGACCUGUCCUUCCGCCUGUUUGACUACGGCACCGCGGCGGCCAACAGGGAGCGCUACGGCACCGACCGGCCGCCCAGCAUCGCGGACCACUACCGGCUGCUGGACAUCCCGGUGGACCUGCUUGCGGGCGCGGCCGACGGCAUCAUCCCGCCCGCCUGCGUCAUCCGCCACGUGCACCACCUGCGCGCCGCCGCCGUGCCGUGCUCCUUCCGCAUCCUGCCUCUGGGCCACAUGGACUUCACGCUGGCGGUGAAGGACGACAUACGCCUGUUUGUGCUGGCCAAGCUGCGCCAGCCGCUGCCGUAG